AUGGGUAGAGGAGCACGAAUCGUUUAAAAUUCUUCUCUAAAAUGAAGUGAAAGAAUAUGUUUGGUGAGAAAUUGGGAACGCUUUUACUAUUUCAGCUGUUUCUCACACAUCAUUGACAAGAGGGAUCGACUUAGAUGUCAUUAGUUGGAAUAACAAUAACACAAUCAAAUUAGGAAGAGGAAUUCGUUUUUGGCUUUAUUCACCGUAUGAUUAUCCAACUGGCAACAACGAAGGCUGUAAUUUCAAUCUAAUGUCUUCGGUAAUUCUAAGAAUUACGAACAUAUGCUGGUACUACCUUGCAACUGACUUAUGGUUUUUAACGACGGAACACGUCCUGUUUAUAUCCAAAGAAUGCAGCCACCUUCAAUUAAUUUUGUGAAAACAUUUACUCCAGUUUCUUCGGGGAAAUCGGUUUGUGUGAGCCACGGUUUGAAAACCACAAGCCGAACGACAACGCGUUGGGGGAACGUCUUCGGCAACAAUGGCAAACCAUCUUGUAAGAGAAUUAUUAUCAAUGUUGGCGGAAGGAAGUUCAUCGUAAGGGAAGGACUUUUCGACAAGUUUCCUAACUCUGUUCUCUCUAGUUACACGAUAGGGAUGUUCUACGAUAAAGACAAGAGAGAACACUUUUUUGACCGCGAUCCGGACGCGUUUAAGUACAUCGUGGAAUACUGUAAGACCGGGCGAUUGCAUGUGUCAUAUGAGGAGUGCUUCAGUGGACUACUUGAUGAACUGGCGUUUUUUAAUAUCCCAACUGAAGAUAUAUUCCCUGAUACGUGCUGUGAAGAAGAAUACGGGACCAAUAUUAAGCAAUUAAUUGAGAAACACCACGCAAAGGACCAGAAUCAGCUGCUAUGUUCAACAACAGAAUCCUUUGAUGUCCAACGAUCUUGUCGCAGUAAAUUAUGGGAGUUCACAAACCAGGAAGACUCAUCUUUAGCAGCAUCGGUAUAUUCCUGUUUAAUUCAUUUUCUGACGGUUAUGAGUGCAGUUAUCAUAGCCGUAGAAACAGUAUCAUGUAAGGUUAAUAUGAAAUGCGGUGAUGCUUAUCCAGAUUACUUUUUUAUCGCCGAAACUAUAUGUGUCGCCAUCUUCACCGCAGACUACCUCAUCAAAUUAUGGAGCGCUCCCGAAAGAUUCAAGUUUCUUCGGAGGUUUCUUAGCGUCAUUGAUGUCCUGGCGUUAGUUCCAUUUUAUCUAACUUUAAUUCUGAGAUAUUUUUUCGGUAUUCACAAGGAUUAUUCAUUCAUGGCAAUCCUUAGGCUAUUUAGAGUAUUCCGUAUCAUUAAACUUGCCAAAAGGUCCGAGCGAAUAAGAGCAAUUAUAGUAUCCAUGACCGAAAAUGAAGCCGGGUCUUCCACUGAAGUUUUCUUUAUCUUGUUUGGAUUAUUCAUGUUGCUGACUGUGUUUUCGACUGUGAUUUUCUUUGUGGAACAAACGAGCAGUGAAACCCCCUUCUCGAGUAUUCCUGAAACGUUGUGGUAUACAGCAGUCACUAUCACUAGUCUUGGAUACGGCGACAUUGUGCCAGUCACUAUUCUUGGGAAGUUUUUUGGCAUCAUGACAAUACUGGUUGGCUUCUUGGGAAGUAGUUUACUAGUUCCUGUCGUACAAAUGAAGUUGGGUAGCUUUUCCAAGCCUUGACCAGUGCUCACAUCUCUACGCCGAGUGAAUCCUUCAGAUCGAAUUCAAACCAUUUUUUGCCAUGGUCUCAUAAGACCUCAUAAUUAAACCUUUGUAUGGUAUAUUAGUGGUACUUACUAGAGACAGGACAGGACUAUGUGCACAUGCGAGUAAAUCGUCUAAACAAGCAUACAUGAGGUAUUCCCAUUUCAUUUAUCGCAACUUCUUACUCUACCUUGGUAUAAAUUAAUCGUUAAAAUGUCCAAGAUACCCAGUUACUACUAUUGGAAGGA